UUUAGCGUCACAAUGCCGAGGGGGGAAUUCCCUGUGUUGACGCCGCGAGUUCAGGCAGGGAAAACAGCUUGUAGAAGGAGGGAAGUGGGCCGCGGCAAAGAGGGUGCCCUUCCCUCCCCCCCUCCCUCCCCGCAUGCAAGAAGCGUAGCCGAGUCUAUUUAAGAGGCCACCGCUCCGCCAGAGAGGGCGCCCGGAACGAGACGAGGAUCCAUACACGCGCUCGGAGAAGCACGUGCGAAGGACCACCAUGAGAGUCGCGCUUCUUCUCACGGUGCUGCUUGUUGCCAUCGGCGUUGUGAUGGCGGGCUACCGUAGAGGCUAUGGCGGAUACGGAGGCUAUGGCGGAGGAAGAUACGGAGGCUACGGCGGAGGAGGAUACGGAGGAUACGGAGGCUACGGCGGAGGUGGAUACGGAGGUGGAUAUGGAGGCGGUUACCGAGGUUCCUAUCGACCCGGCUACGGUGGCUACGGCGGAUACGGUGGCUAUGGUUAUGGCCGCGGCCAUCGUCACUCCCAUCAUCAUCGUCAUCACCACCCUCAUCAUCACCAUCACCACCACAGACCACAUGGUUACGGCGGAUACGGUGGUGGCUACGGUGGUGGCUAUGGUGGUGGCUACGGUGGUGGCUACGGCGGUGGUGGCUACGGUGGAUAUGGUGGUUACGGAUACGGGCGUUGACAAGAACUGCUUUUGUUGUGUAAAAAUGGUCGAUGUUAUCGUUGUAUAAAUUAUGGUUUGGCGGCAAA